AUGGGAUUGAUUGUUCCUAACAACAAUGGUUGCCUUUCGACUUACCCACUUGGAAAAAGGAUGGUUGGAAUAGAUCAUUUUAUAUCUGAUUAUGAGGAGGUUCAUGUUUUGGCUAUCGAUGACAACCUUGUUGAUAGAAUGGUCAUUGAAAGGUUGCUCAAGAUUACUUCCUGUAAAGUGAUGGCGGUGGAUAGUGGAAUAAGAGUACUUCAGUUUCUGGGAUUAGACGAGGAGAAUAAUUGUUCUGUUGGGUUUGAUAGUUUGAAGGUGGAUCUAAUUAUCACCGAUUAUUGUAUGCCUGGAAUGACAGGAGAUGAGUUGCUAAAGAAAAUCAAGGAAUCGUCUGCCUUGAGAGAGAUUCCGGUAGUAAUCAGGUCAUCUGAGAACGUAGUGACUCGAAUCGACAGAUGCUUGGAAGAAGGAGUAGAGGAUUUUAUUGUAAAGUCAGUGAAGUUGUCCGAUGUGAAGCGCUUGCAAGGUUACAUGACCAGAGACGGAAACCAAGAGAGAUGCAUCAACAACAAGAGAAAGCUUCCGGAGACUUGUGAUCUAUGGUCAUUACCA